AUGGUGAAGAGGUUAUUUGUCAGCGGUCUCAAUUCGUUUACAACGGUGGAGAGUUUUCGGGAUCACUUCGAGCGCUUCGGCAGUCUUUACGAGUGCCUUCUACCUCUUCCGACGCGUUACGAUGUUAUUGACCAAGGACCUGAUGAUGCUGAUCUCAACGCAUCUUCAAAUUUACGUUUCCGUAUUGCUGAUCAAAACCAGAAGUUUGAAGACGACUUUGAAGUGAUAUCGUUUGAUUCGCGAAAGCACGAGACGUUCGAAAGAUAUACAAGUAAAUUAUUAUUUUCAAAACAUUUGAAAAAAAAUUUGAAUUAUAAAUUACAGAAUUGAUCGGUGAAGGAGAACUUUUUUUGAAAAAAAAGACGAAAACUUGUGUCGGCUACGGUUUUGUAACAUUCGUGGACCGAGAAGGAUUCAAGAAAUGUAUCGAAGAAGAUGUGCACAUAAUAGAUGGAGUUGAAUGCACUGUGGAACUUUACAAAGACGAGGUUGCUCAAUUUUAUAAUUUUUUUUGUUUUGAGAAGUUUCUUUGCAUUCUAUUAGUUUCAUUAACUUUCACCGCGUUGAGUCAAGUUUUUCUUUCCGCUUACGAACUUCUUUCGUUUUUUCUGUCGACCUCGGUGUAGUUUUUCUAGUUCUUCUCAACAUACAAAAAAUAAGUAUUUCAAAAAAAAGUGCAGUGGAUACUUGAAAAAAAACACCCCGAAGUAUCUUUACUUGAAAUGGUUCGAGUUAUAAUUCUCGCGUUCUUGACGUGUGGUAAAACUCUUUCUCCAGUUUAAAAGCAAACCGAGGUAAAUUUCAACAGCGUGUUCAAAUGGCCUAUUUGGUAAAUGUCAAAUCUAGUUUUUUCUUCAACAUUCCUUCUAUUGCUCUAAGGGAAUUGUCAUCCAAUUACGCUGUGAGAAUCCGCGUUUCAAUUCGUGUUUUUGCACCAGAAAAACUUUUACCACGGGCGUUAACUUAUUUUGAACGAUACACUCAAGUCAAACAAUGGAAAUUACAGGAAGACAUUUCACCGACGACUUCAUUACGAUCUAAACGUCUUUUCGUUUCAUUUUAUCCUCUGCCUCGAUUGACAGAUGCGGAAAUAAAAGGAACAUUUGGACCUUUUGGAAAAAUAAAAGACGUUGAGUUCGUUAAGGUGAGUCGAUUGGAUUUUAUGAAGGUUUCAUAGGUACUUCAAUGUUUUGUUCAACUUUUGCUCAAAAAUUCUAGUCUACAGAUACUAGAAAACAGGCAUCGAUGCGUAUAUCGGAUUCUUAGUUGAACUGGGUUAGAUAUAAACUUUAUAAUCGUUAUAUGUCUCCAGUCAGCAAAUUUUGAAAGAAACUUUGACUGGGGUCAGGACGAAGAUAUAGAAGCUUGAAUUGGAAAACAGUCAAGACAGUACGCUCCCUGGUAACCGCUGAGGAACUUUAUAGCCCAAGUUUUUUUUUUAGCUAGCUUAUAACCGAUUGGCAGCUACGUUACUCGGGUCUGUCUCUAGCGUAUUUGAUGAGAAAAGAAAAAGAAAAAAGGGUUUAUGUAGUUUUCUUUCACACUAAAAGCGUUGUCUGCACUUUGUGUACACUUAAAUAUAGAAUUUAGUUUAGGAUAAUGAAGGGCCGUUGCAUUUUUGCCUGAUAACGUUCACAACAGAGCAAGCCGUCGAAAAAUGUUUGAAGAGCGACUGCAUGAUUCGAGUAUUGCUUUCUGUUGAUUAACUUCACUUUUUCUUUGUUACAGGGAUUCAGGCUGUUUUUGAAACGUGCGGUCACGAGAGAAGGUGUGAAACUCGCAGAACAAAAAUCUAGAGAAGAUGCAGAUCGACUAGAAAAGGUUUGGUUUUUUUGGUAGCCAAAUAUAUGUUGCACUUCAAAGUUCAAAAAGUCCGAAAUUGUAAGUUUAAAUUUAUUUUCGAGAAAAAAAAAUCCUUUACCCUAUGAUGGCCCAUCCCAUCAUUUUUUGAAUCUCCUAUUUUUUUUUCGAAGUUACUACAUUCUCGAUCUUGCGUUUCGAUUAGUUUCACAUUCAGAAGCUGCACGGUUUUGCUGGCUGUUUGGAUGAAUCAACGGCCAGUACUCUCCAGUACCCCGAUUACUUUGUAACUUUUUUCAUUUAUAACAUGGAUUGACGUUUCAAAACUUCGUCUAUUUUAGCUGAAUAGCACAAAGAAGUCGCUAAACGCGAAAGAAGCCGUAGAACAGGCAAAUUUCCAAACGAGUUUUUCUUAUGAUCCUUCCGCAAUGGCCGGAUUUGGUCCUCUUUUGCCAGGUUUUCAUUUUUAACCCUUUUAUACUUAUUCCAUCCAGUUCUGAUCGGAAUAGUUUAGAUACGGAAAGUUCUUCCUACGGCUAUGGAGUUCGGAAGUGGUGACGUUCUUUGAAGGAUGAAAUCUUCAUUUACCUUUUUUUGCUUUUCUUCGUUUUAUUCUUUACUCAGAAAUAAAUAGUCUACCUCACUAAUGUCUUAAUGGUCAUAGCCAUUUUUAUUUUCGCCCGAAACAGCUUUUUCUUGUAUUCCUAGCUCAAAAGCUGAAUUUUAGAUGUGCUUUGAAACUUGGAAUUUGCUUUGUGAAUCUACCGCUGAGUAUGAAACUGUUCCCGAUGCACUUGCGCUUUUUGAAAAGGUUCCCUUUUUAUCAUCAUUUUUUAUACAGUUCCAGUUUUGUAGCUGAUCUCUUUAUGGCGAGAACAAGCGCAGUCUUACAAUCGACGCAUCGCCGGUACCGUUCUCGUUCCUAAUGAUUCAGAAAAUGUAUCCGAAGUAAUAGAGAAAUUGCCGUCAAAUGUGAGAAAUCGCGGUGGGUGAGAAUCUCUAGUUUUUUUUCAUGAAGCUUCGAUUCAGAAUUUCAAAUUCGAAAGUUCAUUUUGAAGAGCGACCAAUACUCAUCGCGUGGUUAUGAAGUUUCUUAUUUUGAAGGUUUUCCGUUAAUUCGAAACAAUUUCGUCAUUUUUUCUUUCAGAGGAUUUUAUCGUUCGCUUUUGGCCAGUUGUUCUGGACGAAGUCCGGCAUCCGCAUAUCCCGCAGCCAUACUCAAUAGCUUGCGUUUUUGAAUCGGAAAACAGGUUUUCUCUUAUUUGUCGUCAGUUUCAUGGCCUUUUCAAGAUUAAAACUCCAGAUUUUUUCGCUCUCGCGUGUGAGUCUCGACAACUACUGUUAUCUGAAAAGUUCCGCAUUUAUUCAUUUGUUCAAGUGGUUCUCGCACCUCGAUCCCAACAAGUUCAAAAUUUUCAUUUGUUUUCACUCAAGAAUUCAUUGAAGAGAAGGCCGAAAAACAAACGCUUUGAUGGAAAUCGAACGGUAUACAUUGCGAUAUCGUCAAAUCAAAGAAUUAUUCGGAAGACCGAUUUGCGAGGUAUCAACGGGAAAAAAAAGACUAAAACAAAAAUUUUCUUAGAGCUGGGAAGAAAAAACUGACCCUCAGAAGUUUGUUUUCGAAGACUGUGCGAUCACUACAUAUCUAGUGGUUAGUUUUUUUUUUCAUUUUUUAUCUUUUUUUUCUUAACCUGAUUUUAUGACAAAAAAGCUGCGUAAAAUUUUCGAGGAAAAUUCAGCUCGGAAAAACGAGAAGUUAAAAUAUAGCCAGCUGAAUAAUCAGGUAUUAGUUGCACUCCAUUGCGAAAAUCUUCGUUUCGUCAAGACUUGUGCGAAGGCCCGACAGCCUCCCGGCCCCCGGCCCCCGGUCAUUUCCUAAGCACGGCCCGGGCUUAGCGAUGCCUCAAGUAAAAAUGGCCUGCUCAAUUUUUUCCAGUUGAAUAUCAAGUUUUUUUAACGUUUAAAGUUACCUUUUUUUAAUUUUUCUCACUUAGACUUAAACUAAAACGAUGAAUUGAAAGUAAAAAAAGGAUUUUUUUAAGUGAAAAGUUUUUUUAUUAAAUUAAAAAAUUUUUUUUUUCGAAGCCCGACCUUCGCCCAAUGAUUUUUUUCAGGAGUUGUGGGACUUGAACCGACAGCCCAAACCCAAAAAAAGUUCGUUGAUAUCGGAUGUGGAAAUGGUUUACUCGUUCAUUUGCUCAAAAAAAUGCGGAGUUAGUGAAUUAAAUGUAAAAAAAACGAUAAACUCUCACAUGAGGACGAAAUUUUUUUCUCUACAAUUUUGUCAGUUCAGAAAUUAAAUAAUUCAAACCGAAAAAGAUUGCAAUAUUAAAUUGGAAUAUUGAAAAAACCCUAGAAAAGAGAGAAAAAUAAGAAAAAAAGACUCUUUAUUUUGAGAUGAGCGAUGAAAUUUUCGGUGUUGAUCUGCUAACAUAUUAAAUCUUCGAGAGGGUUAUUUGAAAGGAAAGUAAAUGUUUCUUUUGGACCAAAAAAUGAGGAGAUCGUCGUGCAAGCUAUCUUCAUGAAAAUUGCUGCCACUGCGGAGUUCCAGGCCGCGGGCUACGGCGUCGACGUUCGUUCACGCCGCAUUUGGUCGUCGACUUUUGUGGACGACGAUUUACGCGAAGUGACAGUAGAUCCGACAAAUUUCGACGCAAAGGACGGCGUUUUCGACGAAGGGGUCGACUAUCUUAUCGGCAACCACAGCGACGAACUCACGCCUUGGAUGCCAAUCAUGGCUGCGCGGUGGGAUUCUCAAAAAAAUAUCGUUUUUAGGCCAACUCUCUUUCAGUCUUAAUUGCAACUUUUUUUUGCUUCCUUGCUGUCCUUUCGACUUUUAUGGGAAGUACAUGAGUCGAAGUGGACAUAAAGACAAGGGAAAUCGGGCGCGUAGCCAGUAUGAGUGCUUUUUUGAGUUUGUCAUCAAGUUGAGUUCUCCCUUCCAGCUGAAUUUUUAUAUUUAUCCAUUUUAGGUUUGCCAAACUCUGGGAUAUGACGUACGAGUGGACCGUAUGUCUAUACCUAGUACAAAGAGGGUUUAAUUCUGUGUAUUUCUCUUCAAUUUUUCGAAUGUUUCAGCUUUGUUUGGUUUGCACGAUUCCUUCAGGCGGACUCGCACCUAACUUGAAUGAAGUGAUAGAGAGUUUGAUUAAGCCUCCAGACCAACUCGUUUUCACCGCCAGGCCUAAAAAGAUAGAGGUUUCCAUAACAGUUUUUAUAUUUAAAAAAAAGCUUUCAAUUUGGGAAUGAAAUGCAAAAAAACAUUUUUACAGGUUAAAAACUGUGUAAACAUACCUUUAACGGACCGUCACAGGAUGACGAAGAAAUUUUUCUCACGAGUAAUGAGUGCGAGUGACGAAGUCCGAAAGUAACCUUGCUUUUGUUCCAACCUGCUAGCUGACUUUUUCUUCAGCGGUUGGCACUGCGGAGGUGUUGUUCCCUUGAGUGAACUGGUCAUUCUUUUGACGGACGAAGAGAAAAAGCUGAUGAAAGAACAAGACGGCGGUCUACAGACUUUUUUGAAGAACCAAAAUCAAGUCUUCCAUGUGAGAUUUUUAUUUUAUUGGUUGGAAGAGCGAGGCUGCGGCCAAAUUUCUUUUACGUAACUAUAUUUGAAGGACUGAUAUUUGAUUGCGCAUAUGAAAAUCUUAUUUAGAUAUGAUUAGGCUGCUGAUACCUUAAAAAAAAGUCUGUUGAAAACAUCGAAAAAAUUAUUAUGGAGACAGAAAAUGAAUGAUAAUAUCAAUGCCCAGACAAAAUAGACAUAAUAAUAAUAAUAUUUAUUUACAGGUAGAACAAAAUGAAAUGUACCAGAAUGAUUUUGAAGACAUCAUAAAUGUUUGAGUCUGUCAGAGUUCGACGUUUUCGCUAAAUAAUGGAUUUCAGAAUUUGACUGGACUUCAUUCAACUGAAAACAGUUAACAACUUUUUUUGUGCGAAAAUAGAGAGGAUUUGUACGAAAAAAGCACCUAAAAUAAAGAGUUUUCAAAAAUCUCAUUAUUAUCUAUACACGGAAAAUGUAAACCUUAAUUCCGUAUUAUUCCUAAAUUCAAAAGCUGGUUGAAACAAAUUCAAGAUUUUUUUUUACUCGAAGCAAACUUUUUACUUUGAAACAUUCUUAAAACGAUUUUUUCGAAAAUUUGUGAAAUCCUUCGAUUUCUUUCAAAACUUCAUGGAAUCGUUCAGCACUCACUUGGAAUAGAUGAGAAAAUAAGAAAAGUGUUAUAAUUUCUUUUCAAUUUACAGAAAAAUAUAUUACUUUUUCCACGAUAAAAUUAGGAAUUGCGCUCUCAUCGAAUAUUCCUCGCCGGUCUCUCCCUCCCAGGCUUGUGCAUCAGGCCAGGCGAAAAAAUUAUUUGAAAUUUAAUCAAAAAAAAUUUUCAUUGAAAAGCUUUUUACUAUUUAGAUCACAGUUUUUGUUGAGCACUGAGCGGAAAAAUGAGCGGAAAGUAACUUUUGUCGUACAAAAAAAAACUUGAUAUUCGACUUCAAAAAUAAAGUUGAGCUUUUUGCUCCGGGUCGGCCAUUUUUGCUUGAGACCCGCUAAGACCGGGCUUAGAAAAUGACCGGAGGGCUAAAAGGUUGUCGGGCCGGCCCUUGCAAAAGCUUGCUCCUCCCUAGAACACGCUCAUUAUCAAAAAGUCGCCCACUAAAUUUAUUAUUUCUCAGCCUAAUUCCACUAGUUCGAAAAGAUAUCUUGCCAAUAGCUUCAGGACACUAAGAACUAUGGAUAUAUAGAAAAUGAACGUAAAGACUAAAUUUUUUUUGCAGGUUUACGGUGGUAAUGUUCGCAUCAGAGAUUUGAGAGACGCACAGACAAGUAAGACGGCGAAGAAAAAGCAGAAGACGAAGACGAAUCCAACGGAGAGACGUGCCGCGUGCUGGAUGGCCGCCAACCAUCCGGAUGGUUGUCCUCUCGGCCUCGACUUUUGUCGGUACAUACACUGA